AUGGAAGACACCUCCAAAACAGAAUCCUUCAUUAUGGAUUGUGCGCAAGCUGAAAUAGCAGCCGUCAAGUUAACGCACAGACAAGCGCACAUUGUUUUGUGUUCUUUCCAUGUUUGCCGAGCUUUCUGUCGGAAAACAAGAAAUCCCAUUGUGAAGAAUUAUUUAUGCCGUCUAGUGCAGUGUAAAAGGAGAUCAGAGUAA